UUUUACAACGCUCGUUGAAUUUACAGCUCCGUCGCUGAAAGUUUCGAGACCAUGCAAGUAGUCUAUUCUGCAGUAGUUUGGAUGACCGAAGGAAGUGACGGGACUGAAUGAGAAAAAGAGAAGAAAAAAAAUACGAGGAUAAAAACAGAAAGCAGAAUACGAAGUAACGUGCUGUGUUACGAUCAAGAGAGUGUGUGUGGUGGUACUGCAUCGCGUAUGAUUCUGAUAUGCAUGGAAGUCGCGCUGGGUAAAAGUUUUCUAAUGGUUACAAAAUAGCUGUGAAAUUAAAAACCGAGAUUGAGGGUUUUAAUCGAGGUGGGUUUACCUAUGCGUUGGAGUCGCGUUAAUGUUCGUACAAAAUACAUCACUCACGUCAUGAAUUCUAGUUUAAAGGUAUGGAAGACGGAGCAAUUGCUUGGAUUUCAUUUUUUUUUUACAAAGAAUAAAUAGCAAAAGGGCUAUCUGAAACGGAAAUGCAACUAAAUAAUUAGCUAGUGAUAUUGAAUAGAGACCGUUGGAUUUCACCUGGACUUGAGUAUUUUUCCUCUGUCAAGUUCAGUUCUGAGUCUUCUGGAAUGUUUGGGAGUUGUGUUCUACCGGUUUCAGCUGGGAUACAUGCAUUUCUCUGGGCACUAAUAUUUUUAACAACGUUUGGACUUUGUUCAGAGUUGAAGGUUCGAGUUCGUUUAGCUGAUGGACAAAUCACAGAGGAAGUUCUAGAAGCAGACAGUGAAAAAGACUCCAUCACACUUGAGUUCAAACAGGGAGAUGGAACUCUCAUAACAUUUGUCGCUGACUUCAAACAGGAUGUGAAGAUCUUCCGGGCGCUCAUCCUUGGGGAGCUGGAGAGGGGCCAGAGCCAGUACCAGGCCCUGUGCUUCAUCUCGCGCCUCAACCACAACGAGUUCAUCCCCAGCGAGUCCAUGGCCCGACUCAGACAGAAAAAUCCUCACGCCAUCCGCAUGGCAGAGGAGAGGCGGGGCCUGGACCAGCUGACCAUGAACGUGGCGCUGAACCUGAGCCGGGCAUGGCAGCUCAGCAGCCACAUCUACAACAUGUGCAGCGAGGCCCGGGAGGCCAUCUACACCCGGGAGAGGGACGUCCAACAUUGGCUGGAGAGAGGAGUGGAGGGCUCCGUGUUUGAGAUCCUGCCCCAGUCGGUGGACGUGGUCCCGGUCCUGCUGUCGUGCCGCUCUACAAGAGACGUGUGGCAGCCCUGCUCCUGCAGCUUCAGCCUGCGCCUGGAGUGGUACCCCUGCCUGCUCAAGUACUGCCGCAACCGCGACACCACAGGCAAAGGCAGCCCCUACAAGUGUGGCAUCAAAAGCUGCAGCAAAGGCUACCACUUCACCUACUAUGUCCCCCACAAACAGCUCUGUCUCUGGGAUGAGGAGACUUAGCAGCACACUCGCUGUGUGGUCAGACUCUUCCCCCAAACAAACCAAUGUUUUUCUUUUACUCCCUUAUUUAAUUUGGAAAUCACGUUGGGAGUUGAGUUCAUCCCAAAACCACUGGGCUGCAUCCUGUCGUGAGAUGAUAGUAGUUUGAUGCCUUACAUGGAGAAGGUUGAAAUUGAGGCCAAAACCUUUUUUUUUGCGAUAGGAGCCAUUUUCUCUCUAACUCCUUUUGACACGUCUAUAGGGGACAUUUCCUAUAGUUUGGAUAUGAUGCCUCCGAAGUGUCCAGGUACCUACUGUGACCUUAAAUUACUCUUGCACGUUUGUGCCAAUGUUGGGAAAACAUCUCAAUAUGGCGCAGCUAAUAAGACUACAAGAACCUUCUCUAAUAAGGACACGUUUAUGCAUACGGCUGGACAGUGCAGCUUCUUUUCUACAUUUCUUGCCCCGUGGGAUGACUGUUGAAGGAACAACGUUCCCAUUAUAUUGUCACAGGAAACUGUGGGAUCGGAACAGUCAGUUAGACAAUGACUUAUGACGUCAAUAACACAGCUUUAGCCAGCCCUCUUACUGGUCGAUGGCAACUCGGGUUGCACUCGAUAAUGUGUCUCUGAUGCUGGCAUUAUUUAUUUGGUUGCAAGGUGAAAUUAUACAAGAUUCUUAUGUCUAAAAUGGCUUCUCUUUAAAGUUUUACCUUCAUCACAUUUUGUCUUUGAUUUGUCAAUUACAAGCUUAAUUUCCUCCAAUUCUGCAUCUGUUCGCAAUUAGACAGAAUUGUAGCAAGACAUGAUAUACACAAUGUACAAAACAGUAGGAACACCUUUUCUAAUUUUGAGUUGCACCCCCCUUUGCCCUCAGAACAGCCUCAAUUCAUCGGAGUGUUAACUCGACAAGGUUUCGAAAGCAUUCCACAGCGAUGCUGGCCAAUGUUGACCCCAAUGCUUCCCACAGUCCUUUGGGUGGUGGACCAUUCUUGAAACACCGGAAAUGGUUGAGUGUGGAAAAACCCAGCAGCGUGGUAGUUCUUUCCCAUUCAUCCUCUGAAUGGCACAAACACAAUCCAUAUCUCUAGGCUUAAAAAUCCUUUGUUAACCUUUAUUCUCCCCUGCAUCUACACUGAUUUGAAGUGGAUUUAACAGGUGACGGCAAUAAGGGAUCAUAGCUUUCACCUGGUCAAUGUCAUGGAAAGAGCAGGUGUUCUGAAUGUUUUGUACCCUCGGUGUAUAUUGUGAAAAUUUGUUGCCGUUGUAUUUAGAUAACAGUACAGAAAUUGAUGCUAAUUUAAUGUAUGUUGUUGAAGAGCAAGUUACUUCUAUAUAUUAUAUUACAGUAGCUUCAAUGUUUUUCUUCUGUCAAUGUGAUUUUCUUGGGACCAUAUUUUCAUGAGUCCCAAUUCACAAUGGAAGAUCACCUGAGUAUUUGUAAAUCAUCUGGGGUUGAGAGAGAAUGCCACUCACUUGAACAUCAUUUACAUCUCAAUCACUGAUGGCCAUGAUUUUGUCUUUUUUACAUAGGUUUCAUUAUGACAAACUGUUUCCAAGGUUGAUUUGCUUAUAUUUCAUUAUUCUUUCCAAGUUUGUAGCUAAACCAAAGUAAAGAUUCACAAAGGAAAUAUUCUCCAAGGGCUAAAGUUGCAACCUAUCGGAUUUGAUUUCUGUCCAGGGCCAGGCUGUGUUGGAUCUAAUGCUUACUCAACUGCCUGGCCACUUUCAUUUAUCAUGCAAUACUGCCACCCCCUUUUAAUGCAAUGCAUAGCUCCUUUUUUCCUUUCAAACUCCGACACAUGGAUUAUUGAGAGAAAAAAAACCCCGGUCUAACCAUAGUAAGUUGAACUCUUUUACCACCAUUGUCAGUUCAUUUCAUUAACAUCACAAUUUAUUAUAAAUGUACAUGCAGGCCUUGAUUUUCACUUUGUGAUUCCAUUCCACACGGAACACUUUUUGUUCAGGUAGGACUACAAUUAUCAGCAUUCUGUAGGAAAAAGUCACAUUUUGUUCCACAUAAGAUCACUUGUCUGCUAUCUGAUUGCUAUAACUCACGUCAUUUUACAUCUUGAGUAGCCUAAUGUGUGUUUAGUCAUAUUCAUUAGUAACUGGCACCUAAUUAUGUUUAAUUCUCCUGAUUUAUUCUGUCACAUGCUAAUUCCAUGUCUUUGUUCACUUUGUUUGUAUAUGACCUCUUCCCAACUGACAAAAACCAAAUGUAUUUUUUUUGUUUUACCUUCAAACUGGCCAUUCUAUGGUAACCUAUGUGCCUUAACGCUUAAAUUGAUUUUUGCUAUGUAAAACUAAAAUAAAAUCUCAAACAUA